AUGGCAGCUCAUGAAGACAUUCAAAAGUCUUCGUCCUUGCCAUCCACUCCUCAGUCAUUCUUGUACUAUGACAAUGAUAGCCCAUUUGCUCAAUCGGGCAAUGAUGAGCUUUGGCACAGUUCAAAGCGUCGUCGCACUCAGCAGAGACCAUCCAGUGAGACACAAUUUAUUCAUAUGAAUGGGUACAAGAGCGACAGUCAGCUGGGUACACGCUUCAACAAUACUUAUGUGGAUUCCUAUUCGGACUCGAAAACGGUUGACAACACUCAGAAUAAGUCUGCCGAUGCAGUCUCAACAUCUGAAGAGACGCCAGGUGCAGUCGCUGAAAGCGCCUCAAAAGCUAGCGAUGACCAGCUUGAAGUUUUGUCGGCGAAGUCAGUGCGUAGCUCACGCAAAGCACCGAUUGAACGCUCAACUGAGACAUCUUCCAGAGUCCUGAAAGUGAAAUCUAGUACUGGAUCGUCACAACCGACGAACAUCCAGACUUUUAUCUUCAAAACUAAACUAGAUCCUCGAAAUUUGAACUACAGAGACCGUUCGGAUGAGCCUGGAACACCAUCAUCAGUGACUGAGACGCCCGAAGUGAAUGUAGAAAACUCUUCUGCCGAGUCAUCUACACGGUCUACUCGCAAGACCCGCAAAUCUGAAGCUAACAUGCUCAAGUUCAAGAGCUAUACUCCUAACGCCACACCGGUGUUGCGUAAUAACAACACGUCACGCAAACCAUCACGUCAGGAUCAGUCUGUAGAAGCUGAAUCACCAGCACCCACCACUAUUAUCGACGACCAAACCAGCCAAGGAAUCCUUGAGCAGGACAGCCAACGAAGCCCUGAGAGAAUCAGCCAGUUGGAGACACCCUUGAAAGAGAACGACGCCAUGGAAGGUAAUGGGGAAGCGAACUCGGCACAACGACGAAGCACUAGGGUCCGCAAACCUGUCAAGAACAUUUUACUCGAGGAAACUCCUAAGAAAGAGAAAUUCAUCAAGAAUAAAGGGCAAGGAUCAACGACAGCGGCACAGUUAUCCAGAUCAUUAUCCAAGCCGGUAAAUACCAACGCAACCGAGUCAGUCUCACAUACCUCUCCACCUGCUCGUCAGACAGAAGCAGUCCAUCUACCUGGUGAUUUUCUUGACCGAUACGGCACACCAUCACCUGACAAUCUGUCUGUUACGCGCUCGUCAGGACGUUUGCGAAAACCGACAAUCAAGGCAAUCGAAGCUUUACAGUCUAAACCCCAGAGUCGGAAGAGGCUACGAAAUUCUGACCAGGUUGCGUCUUCUGACGAGCCUGCUCCAAAACAAUCCAAAAUUACACCAGAACUUGCCCAGCCUGCGAACACCUCUACAGUCUCGACAUCGUGUAGCACUAGUGGAAGUGGAAGCGAUGCACCAUCCGUUCUCAUGGAUGAAACUGAAAUCCUUGGCCGACAGCUUUAUGAUUUGGCAAGCGAGGCAAUCAUGGAAACGGUUCCUUCGGUUGAAGAGGAGGAGGCAAAGAUAGCCGAAUGGCGUGAGGCCUUUAACAGGAAAAGAAAUGAGCAAGUCUCGACACCUGCCGUUGAAAAUCAAGUGGCAGAAACAGCAGAACCUACGGAGACCACAGAACCGACAGAAGCUGUAGACGAGACACCACCAGUAGUUAUCGAAUACCUCGACCUCCCUGGUGAGAUCAAUGCGGAUGUUCCUCUUGAUCACCCACAACGACCCCGUCCUUGGACCGAGAAAGAUGGCUGGAUGCACACUGGCCGGGUCAACCAACACGGCGAGGAAUACUGUGUUGCGCCUGCUGAUAGAUAUCAGUGGGUGAAACAUACAUCGAAUUACAAAACCCCUGUCGGACCUAUCCCAACCCCACCACCUCUCAUCAAGUCCGUGGACGAGAUUCGACGUGACAAUAUCUACGGUUUCCCACCUAGUCCAGGUCAGCGUAACCUGUACCAAAAGCAUCCUGGACAAGUAUGGAGAUACGAGGACGUCGAGGACCUAGUCAGCCAGACUCCCAGUCACACUAAGUCCUUACGCUCCGCCGCAAAACAAGUUGAUGCCAUGAACGUCGAUGAAUCCGAAGGAUUUCCUCGAUUUAAACGACCUUUGAAGAUCGUCUUUGUCGAUUCUUCGAAACUUGACCUAAGCAAACUACAUCAGGAUGCUAUGUUAUCUCAAAGAAGGCGACGCCGGACCGCAGCGAGCUUUGCAAACGACUUCAAGUCUACUCCUAGCAAACCGACCGGUGAUAACCAGCGGAAGCGAUCAUUUGAUAUGACUGCUGGAAGUCAUAUUGAAAAUUCCAAUCAAAACCAGCCGCAACGCAAGAAGCGACAAUCAACAGCGGCAAAAGUCGAGGAUAAGGCUACUUCAGCACGUUCGAAACGCCAGUCAACCGUUGGCAAUGUCAAUAGUGGCACUAAUAAGAACAAUCAGCCUUCCUCUUCUACUAUCGCACCACAAAAGUCUGCCAAUACUGGUCCCAAAGCGACCUCGAAGGAGACUGCGCCAGGAACGAAUACGGGCCGUCCAGAGAAGAUCUCGCUCAAGUUCCACUUUGGGAGUCAUUCCAGGUCAUGA